UCGUUGCUGAUAAACAGAAUUUCAGUUUUAAGUUAGCAGCAACGCUGCGCGGUGGUUUAUUCUGUUAACCAAUCAAGUCAAUCAAAAUGAAUAUCCAUUGUAAAAGUAAUGAAGUGCCAGUACAAAGUAUACCAAAUAGUGAGAGGAUGCGUACACUGAAAGAUAUCUUUAUGGUAGAAUUCGGCUGUAAUCCUUCGUUUUUCGCCCGAGUGCCGGGACGCGUAAACAUCAUUGGAGAACACAUAGAUUAUUGCGGAUAUCCAGUGUUGCCAAUGGCGAUAGAACAAGAUAUUCUCGUAGCUGCAGGAUUAUUGGAUGAACCGAAGCUUUGUAUAAGAAAUGUAAAUAAGAAGUAUGAAAGUUUUGAUGUGAAAAUAAAUACUUUUGAGGAAUUGCAAAUAGAAAAUGAUCAAAACGAGAAACCGAAUUGGUACAAAUAUGUUCUUUGUGGAAUCAAAGGUGCCCUGGAGCACCUAAAUAACAAGAAAUCAAGUGGAGUACAACUUUUAUUUGACGGAAAUAUUCCACCAGCAUCGGGUUUAUCAAGCUCUUCAGCACUAGUCAGCGCAGCCUGUUUGUCUUUCCUCUACGCGCAAAAAGCGCACUUAAAUAAGACUGAAAUAGCUUCGUUAUGUGCUAAAAGUGAACGAUAUAUAGGCACUCACGGAGGUGGAAUGGAUCAGGCCAUAGCGUUUCUUGCAGAAAGGUAUAGUGCACAAUAUAUAACCUGGCAGCCCUUAAAAGCUACACCUGUGGCUUUACCUGAAGAUGCCACAUUUGUUGUUGCUCAUUGCUUGGCAGAAGCUAAUAAAGCUGCCACUGAUGAUUUUAACCAACGAGUUAUGGAAUGUAGACUCGCAGCUAAAAUAUUGUUGAAGGUUUCUAAUGGUGAUAAAAAUCACAAAAUAACCACUUUACGUGAAGUACAAGAAACAUUGCGCACUACUCUUGAGGAUAUGGUGAAUCUUGUACAUAAACAGCUACCAAAGGAUAUUUAUACGAAAGACGAAAUAUGUACCCUGCUGGAGGUUAGCGAAAAAGAAUUGGAUUCUUUGUAUUUGUCUCCAAAUACCAAGCAUUUCAAAGAGUUUAAGUUAAAACAAAGAGCUCUCCACGUUUACGAAGAGGCUAUAAGAGUCGAAAGUUUCAGAAAAGUUUGUUUAGAAGUUUUACGUGACGAGAAAAUCCGUAAAUCCAACGGAACGAAUGGUUCUGAUAAAACUUAUGAAAACGGCAAUGGUAAUAAACACAAAACUCUUGAAAUUCUUGGUAAAUUAAUGUCAGCAAGUCAUGAAAGUUUGAAAAAUCUUUACGAAUGUUCUCAUCCAAAUUUGGAUUACCUUGUGGAUUUGUCUAAGAAAAUGGGCAUACAUUCGCGGCUGACCGGUGCAGGCUGGGCAGGGUGCAUUGUAGCACUCUGUCCAAAAGAUAAAACGGAAGAUUAUAUCCAAAUGUUAAAAGAAGAAUUUUAUUCAAAGCAAUGCAAUGUCGAUAAAGAUAAAGCUAAACACUAUGUAUUCGCUACGUCGCCUAACCAUGGCGCUGUCAUAUUCAAGUGAAUAAGCAAUUGAAAUGGAAAGUUCUUGGUGCCAGUUUAAUUAUAAUUUAAAUGUUUUAUUUAGUUCUAUAUUUUUAGUAUAGUUAUAAUAUAAUAGUAAUGCAUAUGUGUAACACACCUAUAGAUCCAUUUGUACCCCAUAUCUAUACACGUAGUUAAUUUACACUUUAUCAUUAAUCAUUUGUUAGUU